UAUAAAGGUUCAGCUACUCUGUAUCAAAAAGCAUUAAUCAUAUUGUAUAGAUAUUGAAAAGUGAGAAGAACUACCCACAACCUCAAGAUACAAAUCUAAGAAGCCUUUGUUGAACCAUACAAGGCGGGAGAUAGAGAUAUUGACACUGCAGCAGUUAUGGCGAAUGCUCCACAUUUUUUCAAGAUCAUUCUCAACAAUUGUCUACGAGAUGGGAAGCUUGGAAUUCCUAGAAAGUUUACAAGGAAAUAUGGACAGGAGCUGUCAAAUUCUGCAUUUCUUAAACUUCCGAGUGGUGCAGAAUGGAAUAUAGAAUUGACAGAAAGUGAUGGUGAGAUUUGGUUACAGAACGGCUGGCCAGAAUUUGCAAACUACUACUCAGUAAAGCAAGGGCACUUCUUAGUUUUCCGAUAUGAAGGAAAUUCCCACUUCUAUGUACUCAUAUUUGAUGAGAGUGCAACAGAAAUAGACUAUCAUUUCAAUACGUCUCAUCGUGGAAAAGGCAAGCUUCAUAAUGAAUUUAUAGCUCCUAAUAUGGAAGAGAUUGAGAGUUAUAGUGCUAUUGAAUUCUUAGGCAGCUUUCCACCAAGCCCAAAAACAAGGGAUAAAUCGACAUUACCAUAUUUUCGACCCCACAAGAUCGUGAAAACUAAUUCAAGUGCAAAAGGCGUUAAAGGAAUUUCUACGACUAAACAACGUUUGAAAUCUAAGGCUGAUAGAAUGAUCCAGCCAUUGAACAACAAUGAAAUAGCUAGAGCACUUCAAAGAGCAAGUGCUUUCAAACCUAAAAAUCCGUAUUUCAAGGUUGUCAUUCAACAGUCAUAUUUGGAUCGGAAUUUGAAUAUACCAAAGGACUUUGUGAAGAAAUAUUCAAAUAUAUUGCAUGGCGAUGUCAACCUUUGUGUUUCCAAUGGGAGUAACUGGCCUGUUGAGUUUUGCAAAAGGACUGAUGAGAAUCUAAAAUGUAGGUUCAACUGUCGUUGGAAAGUAUUUGCAAAGGACAAUAAUCUAGAAGUAGGUGAUGUUUGUGCCUUUGAAUUGAUUGAGGCCACUAAGACUUUCAAAGUGGUCAUUUUUCGUGUGAGUGAAGAAAAUUGUUGUGCCCCUAUUGUUAGGUAUGAAAUUUGCUGAGUUUUCCA